CCGAUAUUACUGAUUUUCCCUAUAUUACUCUUUUGACUUUCAAGUGUUUUGCCUCUUGGAUAAUAGUGAUGCUAUUAGUAAAAGCCUGUUACGUCAAACUUAAUGCACCAUACCAACAAAUAAACGUUUCGCAUCGAGACAUAAAAUUUUGAAAUAAUUCAGCUAAAGCCACAUUCAUUAAAAGUCAUACACUAUCGACAGUAUUUUCUCGCGGGCCUCAAAAUGUGAAUAUACAUUGCAAAUGCAGUCUAUCGCUGCCCUGAAUAAAGUUUCGUAUUCGUCCAUUUGAAUUGUUAUACGGAUAAAAAUCUACAAAUCGUUUUGACUGAUUCAGUUGGUAUCGCACAGCGGAUGGAAACGCAACAACGAACAGAGAACUAUUCAUACAGAGAUCGAACGAACGCUAAUGAAAACCAUUCACAAAAGCCCAUCUUGCGUCACACAUGACAAUGUUGACGAACUUAUUUGAGAAAAUAGUGUCUGAGUGGCAUAUGCAUAUAUAUGCGACUAUUAAGAGAAGUUGAGAUCAAGACGAUGCUGUUAGUGUGUGGUGUGUUGUUGUUUGAACCGAGCUGUUUAUGUUUGCAUUGGCAUUGUUUUGGUUCUGUUUCACUGUGUAUUUGAUGAUAAAGGAAAUUGUAGAAAGAAAAGCAAAAAUUAUCAAAAUGAUGUGCAACAAAAACUGUCUUCUGUUCGUAUUUAUUGUGAGUUUGUCUGUACAGUGGGUUUCAAUUGAUGGACAACCUUACGAUCCAGAUGACAAAAUUUUAGAAAAAGUUGUACCAAAAGAUGGUACGUUCGAGGCAUUUUAUCCACGUGAAAUGUACGGCAUUCCGAAUGGCGCGUCACGAGCACCACAUUCGCAUGGAAGUUUCUUCAAAUAUCGACAUCCAGCCUUGAUCGAAUCGAAAAAUAGCGCAGCUUAUGGUUACAGAUUUGAUGGAAUGCGGCGUUUCAAUUUUGAUUAAUUUAAAUCCUAAUGUUCCAAGAAAUAUCCAAGCAAAAACAAAGAAAAAAAACAUUCGAGCUGACCUCGUUUCGACAAACAGUUCAUACAUUUUCUUCUUUUAUUUUCGUAUUUUUUUUUACAUUUCAUAAUUGUUCGUUACAAAUUAUGAUUUAAUAAAUAAAAUUAUUUUUAAUAAAUAAAUAGUUGUGUUAAUUAUUUUCACUAAAUUAUGCAAUUAUUAAGGGGCAUUUAAC